AUGUGCUCCUCCCAGGUUGAAAAGCAGGUUGAGGUCCUCCCAAAGAACCUCAAGCCUUCCAACUAUGACAUCCAGAUCUUUGACAUCGACGCCGUUGCCAACACCUUCUCCGGUAGGGUUGCCAUCACCAUGGAGAUCCUCCAGAACACCUCUGAGGUGGUGUUGAAUGUCAGAGACUUGGAGGUUGCCUCUGCCAAAGUCCAGUUGACCGUCACCAAGACCGAACAGGAAAUCCCUGUAGUUGAAAUCACCAGCGACAAGAAGCAGGAGACCGUCACCCUCAAGCUCGCCGAGCCAUUGAAGGCUGCUCCGUCCGCCAGCCUCGUGGUCACCCUCAACUACACCGGUCUCAUCCAGACCAACAUGGCCGGUUUCUACCGCUCUCGCUACACCAACGCGGAGGGCCAGGACGCCGUCAUGUUGUCGACCCAGUUCGAGGCCACCGAUGCCAGAAGGGCUUUCCCGUGCUUUGACGAGCCAAACUUGAAGGCUACCUUUGACGUUGCCAUUGUCUUGCGCGCCGACUGGACUGUGCUCUCCAACAUGCCUGAGUUAGAGUCCCGCACCUUGGACUCUGGCAAAAAGGGCCCGGGCGCCGACCAGGAGCUCAAGCUCGUCAGAUUUGAAACCACCCCGAUCGUGUCCACCUACCUUGUGGCUUGGGCUAUGGGUGACUUUGAGUGCAUCGAAACCACCACCGCUGAGUUGUACAACGGCAAGCCGCUCCCGGUGAGAGUCUUCACCACCAAGGGGAUCGUUGAGCAGGGCAGAUUUGCCCUUGAGAUGACCGCCAAGACCCUCGACUUCUUUUCCCAGAAGUUUGAGAUUCCGUACGCGUUGCCAAAGGUUGACUUGAUUGCCGUCCACGAGUUCUCGCAUGGGGCUAUGGAGAACUGGGGCUUGAUCACCUUCAGGUCCACCGCCAUCUUGUACGACCCGGCCAAGUCCGAUCCAAAAUACCAAAAGAACGUCGCCUACGUCGUGGCCCACGAGCUUGCCCACCAGUGGUUUGGCAACCUCGUCACCAUGAACUGGUGGGACGAGUUGUGGUUGAACGAGGGGUUCGCCACCUACGCCGGGUUCAUGGCUGUCGACAACUUCUAUCCCGACUGGAAGGUGUUUGACGCUUACGUCUCCGAGUCCUUACAGAGCGCCUUGAACUUGGACGCCUUGCGGGGCUCCCACCCGAUCGAGGUUCCGGUCUACUCUGCCUUGGACAUUGACCAGGUAUUUGACGCUAUUUCCUACCUCAAGGGCUCCUCUACCAUCAGAAUGCUCGCCACCACCAUCGGCGUCGACACCUUCUUCAGAGGGGUGGCCAAGUACUUGAACAGACACAAGUACUCCAACGCCACCACCGCCAACUUGUGGGCCGCCGUUGGCGAGGUCUCCGGCGUCGACGUUGCCCAGAUUAUGGAGUCCUGGAUCCAAAAGAUCGGGUUCCCAGUUCUCUCCGUCUCCGAGACCGAGGACCACAAGUUGAAAAUCACCCAGGACCGUUUCUUGUUGUCCGGUGAUGUCAAGCCAGAGGAGAACGAAACCAAGUGGUGGAUUCCGUUGAACAUUGCGUCCGACGAUACCGACGUUGUUAAGGCGUUGGAAGCCAAGGAGCUUGUCAUCGACAAGCCAGCCAACUUCAUCAAGCUCAAUAAGGACUCUGUUGGUGUCUACCGCGUCAGCUACACCCCAGAGCUCUUCAGCAACAUUACCGCCAACAUUGAGACCUUGAACGCCAAAGACAAGGUUGGAUUGAUUGCCGACGCCGCUUCCUGUGCCAAGGCCGGUCUUUCCGCCACCUCCACCUUAUUGAAGCUCGCCAAGGCGCUCUCCGGGGAAUCCGAGUUUGUCGUCUGGUCCGAGUUGAUCAAUCGUGUCGGCGAAAUCACAUCCACCUGGUACCAGCAGCCAGAGCCGGUCCAAAAGGCGUUGAACAAGUUUGCCAGAGAGUUAUACGGCCCGGCGUCCGCCAAGAUCGGCUACGAGGUGGCUGAAACCGACGGUUUCUUGACCUUGCAGUUGCGAGCCAAGUUGAUGCUUGCCGCUGGUCUUGCCGGCGUGCCAGAGGUUGUUGCCUUUGCCCGAAAGACCUUUGACAGCUACGCUCGGGGCGAGAAGAUCCACCCAUCUUUGCGUAUUGCCGUCUUCUCCACCGUUUUGGCCGCCGACACCGUCACCGCUGCCGACUUUGACCUCGUGUUGAAGGAGGUCUUGACGCCAUCGUCCUUGGAUGGUAGAGAAAUUGCCUUGCAGUCCUUGGGGUGCACCAACACCGCAGUUUUGGGCAACAAGGCUGUGACCUUGUUGUCUGACGUGCCAACCAUGGAUGCCCACUAUCUUUCCGUCUCGUUGGCCGCCAACACUGACGCCAGACAUUUGUUGUGGGAUUACUUUGCCGCUAACUACGACGCUUUGUACAAGGCCAUGUCCACCAACAUGGUGGUCUUGGACAGAUUCGUCAAGGUUUCCUUGGGCUCUUUCGCCGACAUUAAGGAAGAGGAGAAGAUCAGAGCCUUCUUCGAGGGCAAGGACACCAACGGGUUCCAGAGAUCCUUGUCGCAGAUCUUGAACAAGAUCUCCGGUAACGCUAUCUGGGUCAACAAGGACGCCGGUGAUGUUGAGGCCUGGUUGAAGGCGGAGCACUACCUUUAG